AAAAAAAAAUAAAAUAAAAUAACGCUUCUAUUCUCCUUUUAUAAAUCUACCCCAACUUUCACCUCACAAAUUAACCCUUAACGUCUAGCUUAUCACAUCACGAGAAAUGUCUCAAAAUGAAUUAUCCGGAAAUUCAAAUUUUUGGCCUUCUUUUAACGUCCCUCCAGGUUUAGGGCUUUUAGAUGAAGACUUUGAACUUCCUGAAAAUUCACAAGGUAAUUCCGUCGAAGAAGCGAUGAUUCCUGCGACUGAACAACUUCCUUUAAUGCAACUAGAGCAACAACCAGCGUCAUUACCUACUCAAAAUAAUGUCUCUCCUUUUCUUGAUCUUCCCAAUGAUCCAUCAAUUAUGAAUUAUAGUCCACCAUCAACUUUUCAACCACUUACACCUACUCCUCCAAUACCGCCGAAUUCUAGAUAUUAUUAUCCACCACCUCCAACUUACAUGAGUCAUCCCUAUUACAAUCCUAGUACGUUCGCUGAUCCAGAAUAUUUUGUUAAAUUUAUAGCUGAAGAGGACAAAAGAAGACGCAAUACUGCUGCAUCCGCGAGAUUUAGAAUAAAAAAGAAAAUGCGUGAACAAGCCCUUGAACAAAAUGCAAGGGAAAUGUCCGAAAAGGCAGAAGUUUUGGAGAAUCGCGUGAAAGAACUCGAAAGAGAAAUCAAAUGGUUAAAGAAUUUACUUAUUGAAAAAGAUAGCAGACUAUUAGAUAUACAACGUUCCGAUAAUAAUAAGCAUAAAGAUGGUGGGGAUAAAAAUAGUAACGAUAAUAAUAAAAAUUGAAAAUUUAGGUGAUCAACGUCAAAAUUAAAAAAAGAUCAAGAAUUUAUGAACAAUUUACUUCUUUAUCUCUUUCAUUUUUUCUUUCGAAAUUUUGCUUUAGUAGACAUUUCACAACGUGAACAUACCAUAAACAUUUUUCUUGUGAUGUGAAACCCAAUUUUAUAUAUGAUUCCGAUUUUUUCUUUAAGCAUACACACACAUUCGUUUAAAGAUUUUUUUUUUCCACCGACUAAAAGAGCCAAAGAGAUUAAUCGAUUCGUUUUAUUUUUGUUUUAUUUUAUUUUAUU